CUCGCCGUCGCGCGUGGCCAGCUCCAUCCGGGGCUACCUCACCGACAAGGUCGGAUCGCUGCAGCUCAGAGACACAGGUUCCGAAGUCCUUUGCGAGGGUCGCGCCGCGGGAGCCAAUGUUCAGUGAGCGGGCGAGCCGCGCGCGCACGACCAUGAUCACGGGCUCACACGCAACGUAGACAUUUCUGAGCACACGGUAAUCAGACACACUCAAGAUGGCGGAAGGCGAAGGACCCCAGACGGUAUGGCAGAAGAUUGACAACACCGUCAUCCCCGUCGUCAACCUCGAGGUGCGGGAGGUCCGCGAGGUAUUAUGGGAGAAGAUCCAGGAACCCGGCUCCCAGAGGAAAAUCAUCCUGGUCAUAGUAUCCAUAGCGCUACUCCUGGACAACAUGUUGUACAUGGUGAUCGUGCCCAUCAUCCCCGACUACCUCAGGUACAUAGGCGCGUGGGGCGAGGCCGGCUACGACCACGUCGUCGAGCUGCCUCCCAUCAGGGAGGGCAACAGGACCAUCAUCCCCACCAAAAUCAUCCCAGCCUCGCACGAGGGCCAAGAGUCGGCGACGGGGGUUCUCUUCGCUUCAAAAGCGAUAGUGCAACUCAUGAUUAACCCUUUUUCUGGUGCCUUAAUCGACCGCAUCGGGUAUGACAUACCCAUGAUGAUCGGACUUAUUAUAAUGUUUCUUUCGACUUCUAUAUUUGCCUGCGGCCGGAGCUACGGCAUGUUGUUCUUCGCGAGAAGUCUGCAAGGCGUCGGCUCCGCUUUCGCCGAUACUUCUGGCCUGGCCAUGAUCGCUGACAGGUUUACGGAAGAGAAUGAGAGAUCUAAGGCUCUUGGUAUCGCCCUCGCGUUCAUUAGUUUCGGCUGUCUCGUUGCACCACCUUUUGGUGGGGCAUUAUAUCAAUUCGCAGGCAAAGAAGUUCCGUUCCUAAUUCUCGCUUUGAUAUCUCUCUUGGACGGAUUUAUGUUACUGUUGGUCAUGAAACCACUGAAGACACAGAUGAAGGAGGCGAGAGAGCCGAAGCCUGCCGGAACACCUAUAUGGAAGCUCCUGAUGGACCCAUACAUUGCAGUUUGUGCUGGAGCACUCAUGAUGUCCAAUGUCGCAUUGGCGUUCCUUGAACCAACAAUCUCAUUAUGGAUGGAAGACAACCUUACCAAAGAUAAUUGGAAAAUUGGCAUGAUUUGGCUACCAGCCUUCUUCCCGCACGUUCUCGGCGUAAUCAUUACAGUAAAAAUGGCCAGGAAGUACCCUCAACAGCAGUGGCUGAUGGCUGCGGGCGGUCUGGCGUUGGAAGGGCUCUGCUGUUUUAUAAUACCAUUCGCAAACUCUUACAAAAUGUUGAUGAUACCUAUAUGCGGAAUUUGUUUCGGGAUCGCUCUGAUCGACACCGCCUUGCUGCCGAUGCUCGGGUACCUCGUGGACGUGCGGUACGUGUCAGUCUACGGCAGCAUCUACGCCAUCGCCGAUAUAUCGUACUCCUUCGCUUACGCCGUGGGGCCCAUCAUCGCCGGCGAGGUGGUCGAAGCCAUCGGUUUCACCGCCUUGAAUCUGUUUAUAGCCUUCAGCAAUCUUCUCUACGCUCCCGUCUUGAUGUACCUCAGGCACAUUUACGACUUCAAGCCGUUCGAGAACGAAGCCAACAUUUUGAUGGCCGACCCGCCCGACAAGGAGUACCAGACGUACAGUUUGCAAGACCAGAGACCCGUGAAUGGGGAAUACAAGAAUCAUUUGGAGUACUCCAAUGUGUCUGGUCAAGUGGCGGGGACAGAGGAGUCGAACGUGGACGCGGGCGGGCAGGGGUACAAUUACGACCAGUCGUACCAGGGGGGUUAUCAGAACUACGGGCAGGGGUACGAGCAGCAGCAGCAGCACCAGCAGGACUACCAGCAGCAGAGUCAGGGUUACAGCCAGCCGCGGCAGCUGCCGGCGCAGCCGCAGCCUCCGGCCAGCAACCCCUUCAGGGCGGCGGCGGCGCCCGCGCCCGCCCCGGCCGCCGCCCCGGCGCCCGCCCCCGGGCCUGCCAUCAAGAACCCCUUCCGGCAAGGCUUCUAGAGCGCUCUAAUUCAGUGUUGUUGUCUAUAUUUUUGAAUUUACUUGUUGUGUAAUUAUAAAUGUCUUAUAUUUGGGUACUACUUCGAUCACUGAGCCGCAUCCCAUCGGCGGCGGGUUAUUUAGUAUCUGAUUAGAUGUCUAUUAACUAGCUGUGCUUGUAAUAUAUGAUAUUGUAGAAUAUUUCGAUGGCCGCUUGCAUGAUGGCGUUUUGAUACUAAUUAUGCCAUAGUAAAGGCUUCAAUGUACAUUCGUACAAAAUACUUUAAGAUUAUAGUUCCGGUGUAAUCAAUAAAUGUAUUGCUAGAGAGACGCCAUCUUGUCAACCGCCACGCUGUUUUCCUUGUUGAUAUUGUAUUGUUCGGAUGUAACUAAAUACAAACUGUUGAUUAUGCCUUCUCUUAGUGUAUAGAAAACUUAUCCGAAAAUAAUAAGAACCAAAGUAACGUAAAGACCAAAAUGAUUUAUUGGACUUUAGAAUUGAUACUAAUAUUAUAGUCAAAGCAUUCACACUUUGUAAAAUUAGAUACGAAAUGAGAUCUAAGCACAGACAUACCCAAAAAGAGUAUAAUAUGCUAAGUCACACUUCACACUCAAAUUAUCAUGUUGGUCAAAUUUUACACAGUGUCAAUACAACUAGACAGAGCGAAUUAUGCAAGUGUGCGUGAUUGCUGAACCCGAGCCUGUAAGAAAAAGUAAAAAUCAAACAAUUAGAGGACAAUUAUGAUAAUUGGUGAAUACUAAAACUACAUGGAUCAGUAUUUUGAGUAGUUUGCGGUUCUCAUUUUUUUUAAUAGUUUCGGGUUCGACAACUUACGCACAUUUUGAAAUUUCACUCUGCACAUUAACUUUAAGAUAAAAUAUAAUAAGGACACUAAUAUUAAAAAUGCAAUAUAUCAAAAGCACGAUGUAAAUGUUGUUAAAGCGCUAUAAAAAGCACAAAGUCGUGUAAGGGCCUAAGAUAUUAUAUUUAUUACGUGGUCUUUUGGCACUCACGGUUAACUUCUUUGUUAUACACGAAACCAUUUUAGAGCGCAAAAGUUUCAGCAAAAUUUUCAAAUAUAAUUGCGUUAUAUUAUUUUGACAUUUAGUAAAGGUCAUAAACAUAUUUUUGUAAAUAAUCAUGAAAUUCGUAUCAAGAUUCUUAUAAAAUCUCUGUGUUAACACAAUUGAGCAGCACAGUUUUGAAUCUCGAUUAUCGUAUCGUAUUUUUAGAUCAUAUAUCGUAAUUUAUAGGAUAAAUCGAUAUACAUAUAAAGAUUAUCUUCCUAUGCUAUACCAGCAAUAUUAGUGUAAGGUUAAUAUGUCGCUUCUAAUCAAUUCUUAUUCGACUUAAUAUCAAUUAAAAUAUCAAUUAAUGGUAGGUCUAGGCUAAGCAACCAACUUGUGAUAAAGUUGCAACCAAGGUAACGAAACAUAUCAGAAUCUUUUGAUUCACGUAGGCUAAUGUUAGUUUGUAUAGUAUAUUGUCUGUAGCUAAGUAAUAUAUUUCUGUCGUGUUUAAUAUCGAGUACUUGUAAUUAAACUGUAAUUGUUUAGCCAUCAGAGCAACGAGACGAAACCUUGCGACGGGAUUAAGGCAUUGAAACUGCAAGAAAUUACUUUUUAUCUUUAACAAAGUCGCGGAAUUCAAAACAUAUCGCAAUAAUAUUGUUAUUUUUGUUCAAUUUACAAUGAGGAAAAAAGUGCUUAAAAAAGUUUAAUAGAAUGUCCAAUAAUUAUUAAUUCAAAUAAAUUCCAAAUUGAUCGAUUAAAUAAAAACAAUAUAUUAUGUAGAUAAUAGAGGCGUAGACGACAUCACAUCAGUCUACAUUUUAUUAUUAUAACAACACAUAUACAAAUACCUAAGGUGCACAGUUUUUGUCUUGAAGUGCCCCACUUGAACAAAAACUAAUUUAUUAUACUAUGUAGUAGAAUAUGUGGAAAUUUUAAAAUCAGAAUGAUAUUUUCGAUAUUUAUGUAUAUUUUACAACAAUAUUUAUAUUACAUAAUAUAAAAAAAUAUAUAUGUAUAAUCAUUAUAAAACAUACUAGUCGCAGAUCAUAAUCCCAUCGCAAGGUCUCCAAAUAGAUUUGAUUUGCAGAUGACAUUACAGCAGAGUCGAAAUUUAAAAGUAUCUAAAAUAAUUGUACAAGAUAAAGUGACGAGCCCGAUAUGUCAAUUGAAAGAAUGUAUAAAGUAAAAGUGAUUAUUGUGAAUAAUGUUCGUAAAUGCUAUUGUAUAACGAGAGUGCUAUGAUACAAUUCAGUUGCUACGCGGAAAUAACAUUUAUGUAUUCAAACAUAUGGGUUACGAUUCGAGUAUUCGUUUCAGUUGUCCAUUCGGAAAGAACCUUGCCUGCAAAGUACAAUAGUGUAUAGUCAAAUUCCUCUGCACAAAUUUAGUUGUCUCGCACAAAUUUUGGUACUCCAAACCAUUUAUUAUAGAGAGGUUAUUGAUUCCUAAAUAAUAUUAACGUCUGGAUAAAAUAAAUCCUAAUACUAAAUCACAAUUGUUAUCAAGCGAUCUCUCUUAAAUAUAAAUGUAAGUUUAGCGUCAAUUUUCGUGUCAAAUUCUCCCGAAAUUCAAUUAAUUAGUAGUUGGCACAAAAGAGUUUAUAUAAAACUUAUAUUUAAGUAGCAAUUGCUUUGUAUAUCUUGACUUUGAAGUUUGUAUUAAGUAUAAAUAAAAUUAUACUCUGUGUAAUAUUAACCAUAUUUUUUCUAAGUAGACGGUCAGACGAAAUGCGAUCAUAUACCUACACUGGCCUUUUCCAUUUUUUAAAAUGCAAUCACUUUUUAAAUAGAUUUAAAGAAGUUUAAAAAUAAAAAGGACUUGAAAAAGAGUAUAAUAAUUUACUAUAGUUUCAAAGAAGCUUAUAAAAUUUGCAGUAAAACUUUUUUUUAAAUGUUUAACUUGUAUAAGUUACAAAAUAAUUUGAAAUUUUAAAAGUGAAUUUUUUACUUUUGCAGGCCAGUGUAGAACAUACGAGUAUUUAUUACACUUAUAUUUAUCUCAACACAAAGUCAAAAUAUAUGUACAGCAUAGAAUUCUGUUGUGAAUUAUAUCUUAUUCAAUUUAAUGUGCGUGCGUUUAUAUUUAAAUUAUAUUAUUAUUGUAUGAUAAUAUAACUUAUCAGCAAUAACAAAACCGAUAUAUAUCACAUACAUAUCAUUAGUAUUAAGGAUAUACAAUUUUGGAUUUAUAUAAGUAUAUUAUAUAUUUAUUAUGUACGCCUUUUUGAAAUAGAUAUUCAGAGAGUGAAAGUAUUGAUGAUGUAAUAGAUUUCAUAAGGUCAAUAUAGUUUAUAUGUAAUUCUUUUGAUUUACAUACAUUUUCUGAUAUUUUUUAGUAACGGACGGAAUAUUUCCAUAUACAUCUUAUAUAGGGUCCUUCUAAAUCAGCUACGUUCCGUUUAAUGGGAGCAUGUAUACGUCACACUGAAUACGUUCCCAAAGUUUGAGCCAAAAAUUCAGGCUAGUUUCCGA